CAGUGAUUGCACCCAGGCAUGGGCUACUGAUUGGCCAGAGUGGAGCUGAGCAAUGCCGGGGCUCCUAUAAAAGCCCUGCCAGGGCCAGACUGGACCAAGCACUGCCCUGGCCACCUUCUCCUCCACAGGAACAAGGAGCACCCUCAGAUCCCACACCAAGAUGUCCUGCUACGACCUGUGCCCCCCCAGAACCAGCACGGAGCUGUGCCCCCCCAGGACCAGCGUGGCUGUGCCCCAGCCCAUCGCUGAGAGCUGCAACGAGCUGUGCGCCCGCCAGUGCCCCGACUCCUCUGCCUUCAUCCAGCCACCGCCCGUGGUGGUCACCUUCCCCGGCCCCAUCCUCAGCUCCUUCCCCCAGCAGGCCGUGGUGGGCUCCUCCGGAGCACCGGCCUUUGGCGGCUCCCUGGGGCUGGGCGGCCUCUACGGCGCCGGCGCCACCCAGGCCUCGGGGGGCCUCUGCACCUUUGGCAGAGCCUACGCUGCUCCCGCCUGCAGCCCUUGCGCCCUGCCCCGCUACAGCAAGAAGCUCUGGGACACCUGUGGUUCCUGCUAGAUUCAUCCCAGAGCCUUUUUAAUAUGUCAGCAAUGGUUUAAUAUUGAUCUCAUUCAUUAGAAUUGUUGCUGCCACUACUCUUUCCUUCAAAACUUUUCUUAUGUUGACUAUUUUACUUUGUCUCCAGUUUUAAGAUCUAAUCCUUAAUGUUCUGUUUUGUGAAUUUAUUAUGGAUAACAAUGUCAUUUGCUCUUUCCUUAUCUUUGUUCUUUAUUCUUUAUUUCGGUUAUAUCAACCCCAUGUCAUAUCUGCAUUUUUUUAGCUCCACUUCUUGACAACUGCAUGAGUUAAAAAUCUGGCUUUAUUAUUUCGAUUCUCUAUGUUCCUGCUGUUUCCCCAUGUUUUCCUUUGUGCUCCAUGUGAUUUAUUCAAGUUGUUCCUUCAAUAAAUCUUUUACGCAUCGAA